AUGACUAUGCAUGAUGAUGACCAGCUGGUGCAGAACAUGUCCACCAGAAAGCGCGGUGGUGCUUUGGUUUUGCUUUGCUUUGCUGCUAAUUGCAUGGGCUGGUUGGGAAGCACUCCGCAACCGACCCGAAUGCGUGUGUGCCUUCGUGCCGAAGACGACACGCUCGAGCGCCUAAGCCGUGUGAGCCGUGUACCUUCCAAGCCACCUAGUCAAGAACCGCAAGAAGGCUCGUUGAUGGGUGCCGUGGGUGGAUCUGUGCUUGGUGGACUCUUGUUGGGCCCUUUUGGAGCAGUGUUCGGUGCAAGUCUAGGUUCUGACUUGGGCCGCCUGAACAGAGAUCAGGCUUCGGUGGAAGCGCUCGGCUUAGAUGCAGAUAUGGUCAAUCUGGCAAGGACCGUGGCAAAAAGUCUUGCAGAUGCCGUUGAAGACAAGAAACGUGUUAUAUCCGUGAAGGAUGACUUGGCCAUUAGAAUUGUGAAACUGGAGGGUGAUGUGGAGAAGCUUUCGGACGAAGCCAUGGCAGCAUUGCAAGCUGGGGAUGAAGAUGGAGCUCGUUCAAUCUUAGAAAAGAAGGUGCCACUUCAACAGCGGUUGACAACGUCAAAGGACGAGCUCAAAAAGGCCUUAGAGCGGGUCUCGGUGGUCUCUGCAGCUGUCCAAAGACUUGAAGGUGAAGCUCUCAAGGUGGCAUCAUUGCUAGAGCGAGCGCAAGCAGCUACUGGCUCAGAGCGCGCUGCCUUGGCCGACGAAGCCUCGGCCAUGACGGUCAAAGAUCCUCUCCUAGACAAGUUCGACAGACUGGAGAGGGUUGACCUGCUGACAGGCUACAGCGCGUGGCCCAACUGGACAGAAGCACUGGGCCUUUCGGAGGGGCAGACUGAGUUUCUCAGGUCCGUGCGGCGGUGGACCGGCAAAUGUCAAGUGCAGCAAGCUCGUCUCAGCCGGCACCCGGGCGAUUUGGCAAGCAACCUUCGCUUUAGCAUCCGGGUUUGCUCUUGGAACCUUCAUGGCUGUGCCAUUGACCCGGAAGACGACAUUCGACCAUGGCUGUUCUCGGCUGGCCAAGCUGACAUCUACAUCGUGGGUAUUCAGGAGCUCGUGGAACUUGGACCAAUGUCUGUGUUCCUGAAUACGGAUGGCCAUGAAGAGAGACAGUCUGAGUUGGAGCUUAAAAUUGAGGCGGCUCUCGCUGCGACUGGACUUCGCUAUUUGAAGAUAUGCAGCUUUGGCAUGGUGGGCCUGUCGCUCCUGGCCUACGCUUCCGAGAGUCUCCAAGAGCGCGUGGGUGAAAUCGACUGCGAUCGGGUGAAGACGGGAAUUGAGGGUCUGAGUGGGAAUAAGGGUGGCUUGUGCGUCCGGUUCCUGCUUGGGCCCAUGUCUUUGUGUUUUGCAAAUGUCCACCUGCCAUCUGGUACGGGCAAAGCUGACGAGCGGAAUGAACACCUCAACGAGGUGUUGUCCUACGCAUUUCAAGGGACUUCUCGAAACGGCUCUAC